GUAUUUGGUGAUGCCACCCGAACGCGACUACAUCAUCGAAGCUGACGCCAGCGACCAGGCAGUAGGAGCAGUCUUGAUGCAAGACCAGGGGAAUGGACUGCAACCAAUUGCCCAUCUCAGCAAGAAACUACACGGGGCAGAACUCAACUACCUGAUACAUGACAAGGAGGCCCUCGCUAUCAUCAUCACCUUCAAAACGUGGAGAUGUUAUCUUGAAGGACGCAAAACAACAGUCUACACCGACCAUUGCAGCCUAAAAAAAUUUAAGACGCAACCAAGCCUCUCCAGGCGACAGGUCCGGUGGAUCGAAUUCCUCGACACACACUUCCACUAUGACAUCGUGUACAAGCCCGGCCAUAAAAACAAAGCAGAUCCAUGGCAAGUGGUCAGCCUAGACUUCAUCACCGGGCUACCGACUACCACAAGCGGUCAUGACGCGAUCCUCGUCGUCAUCGACAAGUUCUCCAAAAUGGGACACUUCAUCCCAACACACACGACAGCAUGCACCGAGUUGACAGCACAACUCUUUGUUCGCUACAUCAUUUCACAACAUGGCAUUCCAACCACACUCAUCUCCUACCAAGACCCUAAGUUCACCAGUAAAUUCUGGAAAGAACUGAUGUCUCUACUCGGAACCAAACUCGCCAUGUCCUCCGCAUACCAUCUGCAGACAGACGGACAGAUCGAGCGUCUUAACCAAAUUGUGGAGCAACUCCUCCGCGCAGCCUGCAAGGACGAAAUCUCUAAGUGGGACUUGCAUCUGCCCGUCCUGGAGUUUGCCUACAACAAUGCUACUCACGCCGCUACUGGACAGAUGCCAUUCUUCCUCUGUUACGGACGCCACCCGCUCACACCACAACAGCCAACCAUACCAGCCACAAUUCACAACGCCUUCCAUGUCCAACUCUUGAAGCCCUACCGAGUCCCCAACACGAUCUUCUCUGGACGCCAACCGCCGCCGCCGCCGCCCGUCCUCGUCCAUGAUGAACCCGAAGACGAGGUCGAGUCCCUAUUUGAGUAGCAGUGUAAUAUAGUGCAUUCGGCAUU